AUGAGCGCUCAAACUGCAUCGUCAGAAACUUCGAAAAAGUUGAAGGUAAGAAAUUUUGACAUUUUUACUAAAUAGAAUUUAAAAAAAAACAAUUAAAUUGAAGGCGGCAAUUCGCGCGAAACUUGAAGAACUUGGUGUAUAUGUUGACGAUGAAUUGCCAGAUUAUAUUAUGGUGAUGAUUGCCAAUAAGAAGGAAAAAUCGCAAAUGAAAGAUGAUCUUGGUUUAUUCAUAGGAAAAAAUACUGGAAAAUUUGUCGAUUGGCUGUUUGACUUGUUCGAUAGGUUACAAAGCGCAUCUUCGAAGCAAAGUGCUGAGGAAAAUAAAAAAGCUGAAGAAUCUGCAGCUUCAGAAGAAAAACGGAGACGUCAGAGUGAAGAAGAUCGGCAAAAGGAAAAAGAUCGAGAACGUGAGCGGGAAAGAGAAAGAGAACGGGAGAAAGAACGAGAGCGAGAACGGGAACGGGAACGGGAGCGUGAAAAGGAGAAAGAGCGGGAACAUGAUCGAAGAUCCCGAGAAAAUCACAAAAAACGAGAUGAAAAGCAGAAAAGACGAAGAAGUCGAUCGAAUACCUAUUCAGAUGAAGAAGAUCGUAAAAAAGCUCGAAGUGAUAGACGAGUUGUAUCAACUGUUAUUAGAGCACCUUCAAAAAAGUCCAGAACCACAAAGAGUGCAGUCCACAGUAGUUGUGAAAAGAAAUAUCAGAACAUCUGGAGAGUAAGUUUUAUAAAAAGUCAUUUUUUGGGGUUUUAAAACAUCAAAUUUUUCAGCAAAGCCAACGCAAAAGCUCGUAGUUCUAUGUUCUUGAAAGCUAUGAAUGAAGCAAGUGUUAGUGCUGGUUAUGCUCCAAGAAAAUCGUCAGAAAAUCCGAAAAAUGAGGGAAAUGAUGAUGAUUUGUCAGAUUUCGAUGCGUUGCCAACGAAAAAAGAAGAGGAAAAACAAGAAGAAGAAUCACCAAAGCAUAAAAAACAUAAGAAGAAGAGUUUGAAAGAGCGAAUGGCUUAUAAGAAAAGUCGUCGUUCACAUUCUGGAGAUGAAGAAGAUGAUGCUGUUAUUUUGAACAACGAUGAAGCUUCAAAACGUGGACCUCAAAUGAUUAUCAAACUGGCUGGCGGAGAAGAAGCUAUCAAAAGGCUUCGAGUUCAUGAUAGAAUCGUUCUUCCCGAUAGAUCAGAUCGAUCUAGAUUGAAAAGAAAACUGUCUAGCUCGCAGGAAAAAGAUGAAGAAGAGGAAAACCCCAAGCAUCAAAGAAUAGUUUUCGAUUUAACCCCAUCAAGCACCCCUUCGUCCGACUCACCAACACUCAAAAAAUGGGACGGUCAAAUCGAUCUUGCACAAGAAUCGGAAACCAGUGAAGAUGAAACCGAAAUUGAUGCGAUUUUGGCUGAAGCAAGGGGAUAUUAUACACAAAAUGAUGAGGAGGAGGAAGAACUUCCGCCAACUCACACACUUUCUGGCAGUAGUUUCUCAUUAGCUCCGGUUUAUGUUCCAACACCGAUUCAUCAACUUCAAGAACUCGAACAACCUCAAACCCAGCAACAACAACAGCAAAAAGAGAGAUGUGUGUUUUGGCCAAAAUGUACAAAAGGAGAUGUUUGUCAGUUCCAUCAUCCAACCAAAAAUUGCACGUAAGUUUUUUGUUUUUCACAGAAGCCUCCAAGUAUUCUCGAAAUUGUUUUUGUUAUAGAUCAUUUCCAAAAUGCUCAUUUGGUCCUCGCUGUCUUUUUAUCCAUCCACCAUGCCGUUUCGACAAAUUCUGCACCAAAAAACAAUGUCCAUUUUUGCAUUAUGGAACUGGCGGUGUUCAACCAAUAGUUCCAACUGCAAUUCCAAAAGCGCUACCACUCACAGCUAACAAACGUCCUAUUCCAAUUGCCACGCCAAAAAUUGCACCACUCAGUGAAGCGGCUCCACCAAAAGUUGGAGUUUUGUCAUCGAUUGCUGCUAAACUUGUUGCAUCGGUCAAAAAAUCUGAGCCAACUGCGUCUGGAUCAUCAUCUGAAGUUACUGUAACUGGAGAAACUGAUGAGAAUGAGGAAAAGGAAACUGUUGUGACAAAAGAAGAAGUACCUGUUGCUCCAGUUCCUGCUGCAAAACCUGAUGUUGUUGUGGCAAAAUCAGAGUGAGUUAGGAAUCAGAAAUGACUGAUUUUUUCGGGGAAAAUAAUUAGAACGAUAAGACGUGUGACCUGGCGAAUUUUUUAAAAAUUGAAAACGUGAAUUAAUUUUUUCCACUGAAAAACAUAUUUUUUAAUUUUCAUGUGAAAACUCACGCACUUUUGAAAAAUUAAGAAAACUUUGAAGCCAAGCUCGAAUUUUUUUCGGAUUUUUAUUUGAUUCACGAACUUAUGAUAAUUUGAAUCAGAAGUUUAUCAAAAUUUUAAAAAUAUUCAAAAAAAAUGUAUCAUCAAAAUCAAAAAAAAAAUCAUCUUAAAAUUUAACAAAAAAUUAUAAUCCCUGCAACAAAUUUUGAUGCUUCAAAAUGUAACCGAAAAAAAAGUAUUCAAAUCAGAAAACCUCUCCUCAAAAAUCCCAUUUCCAGCCCAACUCCAACCGGUGUUCUCCAAAACCUGAUUCCCUGCCGAUUCGCCGCCGCCUGCCGCAACCCAGGUUGCUAUUUCAAACAUCCCAAAGAAUGCAAAUUCGGUUCAACAUGCCGCAAUUCCUACUGUUAUUUCUAUCACAAACCAGCAGCAACUCAAGUCAAGAAAACCAAUGAUGCGAUGGCAAAAUUCAAAUGGACUGCCACAAAUCCAGCUGUUGUUCCAGUAGCAGUACCAUCAACUUCAACCACAAGUGCCUAG